AUGCACGUGGCCAUCCGUACGCACGCCGAGCAUGCGAUCCUCCGGCGCAUCUACGAGCAGCGACUCGUCGCGAUCGACAAGUGUCGCGACCGACUCCUCCAGCAGGCGCGUGUGCACGAAGAGACAGUCAGCAACAUGCGCAACUACGUGGCGACGUCGCUCCAGAGCCUGUACCGCGGCUGGAAAGGGCGCCUCGUGGCCGGCGAAGUGCGUCGACGGCACUUUGCUGCGAUCGAGAUCCAGCGCGUCGCCCGCGGCCUCUUGGGACGCCGGGCGGCGCAGCGGGAGCGGCGAAAGCAAAACAUGGUGCUCCAGAGCCCGUGGGCCAUGAAGCAGCUUCUGGAGCGAAGCAAGCUCGUGCGCACGGUCGGGAGCUGGCAAGAGUGGUGUGAUCCGUGGACCAGCGAGUUUUUCUACUUUGAAAUGUACACGCAAGACUCGCAGUGGCAGCCGCCAUCGCCGUACCAUGCGUUCUUGUCCUGCGACUGGGCGGAUUGCGGCUUCGUGGCGGCGACAAUGCACGAGAUCCAUGAGCACAAGCGCAGCGAGCACAAGUGGUACUGCGACGUCUGCCAAGCGCGCAACGUCGGGUACUCGUUUCCAAUCUGUCCCUACUGUGCCGUGUGCGUGACGACGCCAGACAUCAUUGCCGCCAACGAUUGGCCCCUCGCGACGCGCCGAGCGUCGACACUGACGGUGCCCGACGCUCCGCCACCCGUGGUGCCGCUCAAGCGACACAACACCCCGGUGCAACCGGCCGCAGCACGCCCGAAAACCGCCUCCAUGGAGCCGCCCCGCGAUACAGUCGACGCAUCGGGGCUCCUCGUCGCGACGACGGCCAUUCGCCCGUGCGACUCGACGGCGUUCGACCAUAUCAUGUGGCUGAGCGCCUUCCACGGCGUUGCAACUGCGUUUGCGAAAGCACAAUAUCCGAGCGGCAGCCUCUACGUCGGCGACUUUGCCGACGGUGCGUUCCAUGGGUGGGGCGAGUACUACUAUGCCAACGGCGACCAAUACCGCGGUCAAUGGGCCAACGGCUAUCGCCACGGAUUUGGGCUCUGGGAAAGCGUGUGCGGGAAAACGUACAAGGGCCAAUGGCGCGACGGCGUCAAGCACGGCGUCGGGCUCCUUACGUUUCCAAACGGCGAGACGUACGAAGGCGAGUGGGACGCCGGUGAGAUCCACGGCCGCGGCGUGCACUCGAGUGCGAACGGAGACGUGUACGUUGGCGCAUGGGACCACGGCGUUCACCACGGCUUUGGAUCGCUCACCAAGGCGAAUGGCAACGCGUACCGGGGUACGUUUGUGCACGGGCAUGCAGACGGCGUCGGGAUUCUCACGGCCGACAGUGAAGUCUACAAGGGCCACUGGGUGCGCGAUGUGCGCGACGGUCGCGGCGUCUGCUUUUACGCCAACGGCAGCAUCUACUCUGGGAUGUGGGCCAACGACAUGUGCGACGGCGCCGGUGUCUUUGUCUCGGCGACCGGCGACAAGUGCGUCGGUCGUUGGCGCCGCAACCUCAAGCACGGCCGCGGGCGCUAUAUCUUUGCCAACGGCGACAUCUUUGACGGCACGUUCCACGACAAUGUCGCGAGCGGUCUCGGCGUGUACCGCCAUUUCGCGACCGGCGACGUGUACACGGGCCCGUUUGCUUGUGACAAGUACCACGGCCACAACGGCGUGUACGCGUGGGCGUCCGGCACGCUGUAUGAAGGCGGCUUUGUCGACGGACACAUUCAAGGCAAGGGUCGCAUCACGUAUUUCAACGGCAACACGUACACGGGCGACUUUGUCCAGGCUCAGAAACACGGGGUUGGUGAGUUUACGUGGCCCAACGGCAACGUCUACACCGGCGCGUUUGCGUUCGGCCGCAUCAACGGACGAGGCACCAUGGUGUACUCGAGCGGGCACAAGUACGACGGCGAGUGGGUCGAUGGGGCGCGUCAUGGCACCGGCACCUUUCUCUACGCGAACGGGGAUAGGUAUGACGGCGACUGGGUCCACGACGAGUUUCACGGCGUCGGCACGUAUACGUGGCGGCCAGACAGCUCCCUCCAAGAGGCGUACGAGGGCGAGUGGCACAAGGGCAUUCGCCAUGGCCGAGGCGCGUAUACGUACGUGGACGGCACA